UUCAAGCUCCAUGCUGUUUCAUUCUGUACAACUGCUGGCGGAGGACGUCGACGAGGGAAAUGUUGCAGGUGCUGGUGUUGAUGACGUUUUGGAGCCCUCUUGCUCAAUGUGUUAACAUCACUUUGGAAAAACCCUCUACACGUGCAAUUCUCGGUCAUCCGUUCACGUUUUCCUGUCAUGUCAAUGGUGUCGGAGAUACAGGACUGACGACGUUUCAAAUCAUGAAAAAUGACACUUAUGCUCCUGUCUGCCGCGUUGAUGUGGAGACCGGGAAUCAGGUCACCAGCAACAGCAACUACUCGUGUUCACGUGAGGAGGAGUUACCCCAGCACACUUACUCUCUGACCAUCAGGAAGUUAUCGACGAAAGACCGAUCUGAAUGGAUGUGUCAGUCGGCAGGGAUGCAAAGCAACACCAUCAAUUUGGACGUACUGUAUCCCCCUUCCCUGGACAUACGCCCAGUGCAGCCAUGCACCGGAUACACUUUCUUCCUGAAUGAGAAUGCAUCUUUGAACUGUUCCGUGACAGCAGCAAACCCGUUCCCGUCUAACUUUACCUGGUACCAUCGAGGGAAGAUUGUUGGCAGAGGUCAGAUCUACACUAUACCCCCAGAGUACAAGUCUAGUUCCGGGCUGUACAGAUGUGAAGCUGACAAUGGGAUAUUACCACAUGGAAAUGUUAGUGAUACAGUCGAGGUUCACAGCCCGCCCGUAUUUCACACUGGCGAGACUCAGAGCGUCGUGAAUGUAUCGGGAGAUUUGAUCAUUCACUGUAAGGCAGACGCCUACCCGGAAGUGACGUCAGUUGUUUGGACAAAGAGAGGUGUAAAUGCAAGGAUCUCUGAAAAUGGGACUCUUCAUCUGAAGAACAUACAGAAGGAUGACGCAGGAGUAUAUGUCUGUACAGCAACCAACGAGGUCACAUCCUGCUCGGGAGCACGACUGAGCAAAAUGUCAUCUACAACUUUAACACUUGAAGUCCAGUAUGCUCCAGAGAUCCUGUCUUUUAAUGUCACGUCUGGUGGGAAAAGCGUGAAGGAACACGACAACGUGACACUGCAGUGUCACAUCAACAGUAACCCUGCUUCAGACAUAGAGAUCAGGAACAGCACCUCCAGCAUAGGAAGUGGGACAAGUGCCAAGAUACUGAAAGCGAGCAUAGACGAUGUUGGAUGUCUUCACACAGGACCAUACACGUGCUCUGCAAGGAAUAAGCUGGGACAAGCUGAGGAACAAAGCAUAUCAUUGCAAGUGAAAUGUGCUCCAAGAUCAUACGGAUCCACAACGGACGGCUAUGAAUUCAGAUCUGUCCUAAGUGGAAACGUGACACUGAACCUAACUGUCCUAGCUUUCCCCUGA